AUGAACUGCACCACGAGUGUACAGGCACGCAUCGACCAAUUUGAGCUCAUGGCUCAAACCAACGCCAAAUCCGGGAUCCCGCACAUUGGGCCCAUGACGAGGCUUAAGAUCGACAACUCGCUUGUGAAGGAGAUUAUCAAUCGUUUAGACGCACAGCAUACUCCCACGCAUUCGGAGUUUUUGCAAAUGAUGUUCGAGGAGCUCGCUGAGGAGCCGACGGAGAAAGAACAGGAUAUCGCUCCUACGAAGCCUGUUGUCUACAAAAGCCUCAUGGUCAACACCUUGCAGUCGGACAACGAAGAUGACGACACGGCUUUCAACUCGUACGAAGACGAGAGUGUCGCGGAAUCGACCACUUCAUUCAAAUCUACGCGCUACUCGGGCGUACCCCGCAGCCCGUCGACAUAUUCCACUGCUUCCACAAGCUCGCUGGACUCGCUAUUGAGCUCGUUGGACAUGUUCGUACCUGAGCUACUGCAGGCGUCAGGCAGGGCCAGUCCAGACUUCAACAAGAAUGUCAAACCGACGGUCUAUCGCUCGAGACGUACUUCAUUCCCAGAGAACUUGCAAGUGACGGAGGUGCACCACCAACGCGCUACACUGAAAGAAACCCCGUUGAUCACGACGAACGAGUCGUCAAUCCCCGCCCCAAAAGCGCGCCGCUCUUCGCUCUAUACCUCCAAGAAACCGGCCUCAGUAGCACCAAGGUCUCGUUGCUCUUCAUUCUCGGCCGCGAAAGUUCCUCCGACCACCGAGGUAGCAUGCAGUACACCACCUGUGGUUCCACCCCAUCGCGCAAAGAGCCACUCGAACUCAUCGCCUGUUGCUCGGUACAUGGACUACGAGAGUUCUCCACGUUUUGCAGCCAUGAGGGCCAUGAAUGUGGAGCGUCGUCGCCGACUGGAAGAGCGCAAUCGAGCUCUUGCCACCGCCAAGAGUAAGCGCAGAUAUAGCAAGCCACGUACCCCGGAGUGGCAGAAGGGUCUUGACCAGAUCCACACACAAGUGUUCGCCUGCAAGCAGAACAAUCAGUCGCAUUCAGCCAAGACAGAGUCAACGAUAUCGCGAAGACACUCAACUUCGACCUAUCCCCGAGGCUAGACUCUUGUUGGUGUCCGGAUUCUUCAGGUGCAGGUUUUCGUGUCAUCAACGCAAGUGCCACGAUAACUUAUACA